UAAGAGCGCGGCGCGCGCUGAUGAUGUAAUGGCUUUGUGCGCUGGGAGGCUGGGGGCAAGCUGUGCGAGUGAUUUUCCGCGCUUUCUCGGUCCCCCUCGCCGCGUCGGGGCUGCCUCUGCCGCCGGGUCCCCACUCGACCCCCCUCUUCCCCUCGCGUAUAAAAUUUAAACUUAUUUUAUGAAACCGACUUUUCAUCAAGUAUACCUUUUUGAUGCCUGGUAUUUGAAACCUCCUAAUUAUGCCAGCAGCCACAGUAGAUCACAGCCAAAGAAUCUGUGAAGUGUGGGCUUGUAACCUGGAUGAAGAGAUGAAGAAAAUUCGUCAGGUUAUACGGAAGUUUAACUAUGUUGCCAUGGACACAGAAUUUCCUGGUGUAGUUGCACGACCUAUUGGAGAAUUCAGAAGCAAUGCGGACUAUCAGUACCAGCUACUCCGCUGUAAUGUAGAUUUACUUAAAAUAAUCCAGUUAGGGCUGACAUUCAUGAAUGAGCAAGGUGAAUACCCUCCAGGAACUUCAACAUGGCAAUUUAAUUUUAAAUUUAAUUUAACAGAGGAUAUGUAUGCCCAGGAUUCUAUAGAGCUAUUAACAACAUCUGGAAUCCAGUUCAAAAAACACGAGGAGGAAGGAAUUGAAACUCAGUACUUCGCUGAACUUCUUAUGACUUCGGGUGUUGUGCUCUGUGAAGGAGUCAAGUGGCUUUCAUUUCAUAGUGGCUAUGACUUUGGAUAUCUGAUCAAGAUCUUGACAAAUUCCAAUUUACCAGAAGAAGAGCUAGACUUCUUUGAAAUACUGAGACUAUUUUUCCCUGUCAUUUAUGAUGUGAAAUACCUCAUGAAGAGUUGCAAAAAUCUCAAGGGUGGAUUACAAGAAGUUGCUGAGCAGUUAGAGUUGGAAAGGAUAGGACCUCAGCAUCAAGCAGGAUCUGAUUCUCUACUAACAGGCAUGGCCUUCUUCAAAAUGAGAGAGAUGUUCUUUGAAGAUCACAUUGAUGAUGCCAAGUACUGUGGUCAUUUGUAUGGUCUUGGUUCUGGUUCUUCUUAUGUACAGAAUGGAACAGGAAAUGCAUAUGAAGAAGAAGCCAACAAACAAUCAUGACAUGAAAUGAGAAGGCACUUUUUCUAAGCUCGAUAUGGUUGUACAUAGGUUUUAUCUCUGGUUGAAUUCCUUGGACAAUAAGGCAUUCUUUUCCUCUUUAUCAGCACAUUUUUCUCUUGCCUUUGUAUGUACUAAACCUGACUGUUCCUGUUCCAAUCCUUUGACUUGAUAUAUAGGCAUUUCUGGAUUAAAUGUGGCCAUGUACCUUGCCCAUCUGUACAUAAGCACAUGUAGGAACAGUGUGGUAGAUGGAAGAGGAAAGCUAAAAUGAUAAUGACAUUUCUACUAAACUUUAAUUGGCCUUUGUAUUGGUUUAUUAUCCCUGCCCUUUCCCCUCAAACCUGGGCAAGCGUUGAUUGUAAUCAAUUUCCCCCAUGGAUGUUAAUCCCUUCCAAUGUACAGGAUUUUAGUUAUUCAUAAUUGUGGACCAUCACAUUUGCACUUUAGAAGAGUGACUCUGAGUCAGAUACUCUGUUUUAUCUGAAGUUCUGAAUAUUCUUCCCUGACUUGAGAAAAGGGUUCAUCUGCCAGUAUGCUUGCUUCUUCCAGGUCUCAAAUACAUUGAACAAAGCCACACUCAUUGCCUAAUCUCUCUUCAAAUUUACAGGUAUCUUAGCAGCUACUGUUACAUAUAAAAUUGGUGUUUCGUCUUCCAAAUAUUCCCGCCAGCUCUCUGAUGGAAGCAACUAGGUGGAAUCAUGAGGAAUCUCUCAAGAAUGCUUUCUUGAAUUGAGAGUCUCUUUCAUGGGGCCUAAAUUUUCUGAGCAGUUUUUAUGAGGUGUGAUUAAGAGAACUUUCUUGUAUAUUCUCCUGCAUUUAAAGCAAGCUUUAUAGCAGCCUUCUCCUCUAUGUUGCAACCUCCAGGUUUAUUGGACUAUAACUUCAAAAAUGUGUGGAAUAUAUAGAAGUUCACAGCCAAAUAUUUAAAGGGCACCGACUUGGGGUGGAAUGGGGUGCUGCUUUGCAGCCUUACGGAAAGUAUGUGUGUCCUUUUUUGCUUUUGUGUCUGAAAGGAAUAAUUGAAAGAUGGAAUGCUGCAGUUAAAAUAACAAUCAAAAAUUGUAGAUCCAUUUCCUUAUUCCCGUUCCAACAAGUUAUGGCCUAAAAUACUUUUCUAUUUUAAAAUAUUAAUUUAUUGUCUACAUAAAUGGAUGAACACAAUAUAAGUAAGAGAUCCAAAGAUAAAUAGGAAGAUGUGUCUUUUUGGGGAGCUGCAACACAAGACAUUUGUUGUAAAACAACAAAUUUAUUUGUACCUAAUAAAGUUACCUAAGGCUUGUAAGGCUAGUUUAUUUUUUGAGUCUAUCUUAGCAGUAUAUUUUAUAAGUGUUUUACUAAAGAACCACAAAGUACUUUCCUGACUAUGCAGAGCAGGCUCAUAAAAAGCAAUUGUGAAGGAAGACUUUUAUUAGUAUGGAAUAGCUAAAUCUUAUCCUGAAAUGAUGGAGUACUGGUGGCAGCAUUUGGCAUGUCAUCUACACUAAAAAUCAACGGGAGUAAAUCUUAAUGUACAGCAAAUUGCUAUAUCUACCAUGUACUUUAAUAUGUUUUCCUUUAUCCUCAUAAAGUUACAAUAAUGUAACUGGGUGGUCCUUUUUCUUUUUAGGAAAAAUUACAAAGAUAUUUGCAUAAGAGGGUAUUUAUUUUUAAAGCUUUUGUAAAUAAAGGCUGCAGUAACAUUUUCUUACAUACUUAAGAGACUUGUGGUUUUGAUUUGAAAACCCACUGGCAUGUCUACCUGGCUAGCCUUUUACAUCUUUGUCAUCUUAAUUCAGUGUGGCCUUUUAGUCAUACAUUGGCUGCUCAACGUAUCAUCACUAUAGUCACUUUAGAGUGUUCAAAAUGUGGUUGAAUAUAUCAAGAGCAAACCUUUGAUUUCCAUGCUUAAGAACUGGCUAUAAUAUGUUUGCUACUCAUCAGUGAAGUGGGAAGGAUCUGAGGGUCCAGUAUUAGUUCAGUUAAAUGCUGUGCUCAGGUGUAAUUUCUCAUUCAUAGCAAUAACCUGCCUUACUAAGAAGCUUACUUGAAUUUAUGCAGUCCAGCAAGUGAGAAAGUUUCUACUUAACAUGCCAUCAGAGAUUUUUGAAGAUUAAAUAUUGUUCGUGUACCUUUUUGGUAGCUACAGACCUUAAUAUUUGCUGCUCGUGAUUUGCUGAGUGGACAAAAAACCUUGACUAUGUUGUAAACAUAGCAGUUCGGUAGUUAGUGUUCCUACUGAUGGGAGCUUUGUAUAUUUAUGUUCGCGUAGUGACUGGACUAUUUUAUACCAGGUUGACAGUAGAUUGUGCCUUGAUGAAGUACUAAUCAUAAAUGUCUGUUCAUCACACUGUUGGAAAAAACUCACUGAAUUCUAUAGAAAUCAAUAUCUGAACUAUACUAUAUUGGACUUAUUUCAUCAUGAGGUAAAUUAUAGAGGAUUUUUUUUCACCGAGCAUAUCUUUUAUGAUGUUGGCAAUGGAAUUAUUUACUGAUAAUGUUUUGUACGAAAGGAAGGAGAAAAUGAAAUAAACUCACAAUUCAUACAAUGGAA